UCUGGGGUCCGGUAGCGGGGCGUCCGCAUGGCUGAGUCCGGGGCUGUGGCCGCCGAGUACCCGUCGGGGGGCCGGGCGCGGGCGGCGCGCACGCUGCUCGACCAGGUGGUGCUCCCGGGCGAGGAGCUGCUCCUCCCGGAGCAGGAGGACGCGGACGGCCCCGGGGGCGCGGGCGAGCGGCCGCUGCGCCUGACGAACUGGACGCGCUCGCGGGUGCGCGUGGUGUGCGGGCCGGGCCUGCGGCGCUGCGGCGACCGCCUGCUGGUCACCAAGUGCGGGCGCCUCCGCCACAAGGAGCCCGGCGGCGGCGGCGGCGCGGGCGGCGUGUACUGGGUGGACUCACAGCAGAAGCGGUAUGUCCCAGUGAAAGGGGACCAUGUAAUUGGCAUAGUGACCGCUAAAUCUGGAGACACGUUCAAGGUCGAUGUUGGAGGGAGUGAGCCUGCCUCUCUCUCUUACUUAGCAUUUGAAGGCGCCACGAAAAGAAACAGACCAAACGUCCAAGUUGGAGAUCUCAUCUAUGGCCAGUUUGUGGUUGCUAAUAAAGAUAUGGAACCAGAGAUGGUCUGUAUUGACGGCUGUGGAAGAGCCAACGGGAUGGGUGUUAUUGGACAGGAUGGUCUGCUCUUUAAAGUAACUUUGGGCUUAAUUAGAAAGUUGUUAGCUCCGGACUGUGAAAUAAUACAGGAACUAGGAAAACUGUACCCACUGGAAAUUGUAUUUGGAAUGAAUGGAAGAAUAUGGGUUAAGGCAAAAACCAUUCAGCAGACUUUAAUUUUGGCAAAUAUCUUAGAAGCUUGUGAACACAUGACAACAGACCAAAGAAAACAGAUUUUCUCCAGAUUGGCCGAAAGUUGAUUUCUAUAGUCUUUUGAUGGGUCAACUGAGCCAAGAGACUGGGUUUCCUGGGCAAUGUUUUUUUCAGGUGAGCUUUUCCAUUAGUAUUCUAUUUAUGAAUAUACAUGUUAUCUUAAUAGGAUUCUUAAAUCUGUAAAAAGUUACUUGGUUGCCUCCCAUGUUGCUG